CGGUUGCGCCGCCCAGCACGGCGGUGGGUACUACCCGGAAUAGCUUCAAUUCGAGUGCGCGUCCGCCGCGAUUGAAUGGAUGGACAGGCGACGAGUGAGCGAAUGCCAAAAUGAUCCAGGGCAUCUUCUAUGCUAGAUUCCUACCACAGGAGGGAACCAAGAUUGUCGCGCAGUCACCACCGGGAUGCAUCGUGGCAACCACCUACACGCCGCAUAUGAAGCCGCCGCUGGUGGACUUCGACAUAAUCCAGGAGUAUAUCAUCCCGCGCAAGGCUUUCUUCAAUCGAUUCAUCACCGUGAACUCCCCAGAUACCAAAUAUAGCAUUCUCGGGUUUCCCGUCUCCAUCCCCCAUGAGCGGUACCACCGCAACGAGUUCAUCUUCAACUUCGGGCUCGUCGUCGAGGCCGACGCCGACCAAAUUCCGUACGAGAGGCUUGUGAGGCGUCUCGCCGUCACCUUCGCCGAGAUGGAGCGCCAGUACGGGUACUUGAGCUCCGACGGUAAACUCACCGACGGCGAGAGGCGGCCCAUCGAGAGCCUGCUGGAGAUUAUCAAAGAGGACCUCAACAAUUAUGGCGAGUGCAUGAUACCCGUCGACGAGGUAAACAUCCUCAACAUGAAGCUCUUCCCUUUCCACCCCCCGCCCCCGCCCGUGCGCGGGUGGCAUGUCCCGGUCCCUAAGAUGAAGCUCGCCGACAUCGUAGACUCGACAUGGGACCUGACGUUGCAGAAGAUCAUCCCCCACACCGACGGCGUUAACGACGUGCGUCGCAUCGCCUGGCUUGCCGACGUGUCCCUGCCGCUCGCCCAGAUCGCCCUGCAGCACCUCCUCUACUAUGAUACCAUCCUGCUGCUCGACAUGUUCUUCUUCGGCAGCUGUUACGCGCCGAGACCCGGUAUCCACGACUUUAUCGCCAACCGCGGCGGCCUUGUGGACGAGUGUUCUGCCUAUGUAUGCAUUAGCAACCCCGUUGCCGUCCCCGGGUCGGGGGCAAGAGAGGGGGGAAGCAGUGGCGAUAACCCAGGAUCUAAUGCUGCUACCUCCCUAGCGCCCCCUAGCGAGGUUUCCAUCAGUAGGAGCAGCAGCAGGGAUGCGUUGCAUGACGCCAUCGGCCAACAACGACAGCACCAUCACCACCAGACACCUCGGCAAGCAGUCUCGAACUACCAACUAAUUAAGCUGAUGACGACGUUCUGCAUGGGGCGCAGCGUGAUGGAGUGGAUCAAGCUGCACCAGGACGCCGGGUUCGAUGUGCUACGGCACGUGGACGUGCGGCGACUGGUACAGUUCGGCGUGAUCAAGGGUCUUCUGUACCGCGUGCACAAGUACGUCGUGUCGAAGCAGUACCUUGAAAGCCUGGCAACGGGGCGGCGCACUCGGGCGCCGACGGGGGCGGGGCCCGGUGGAGCGGACGCGAACGGCGACGACGAUCCACUUCUACGGUACGCCGACGGCUGCCACUCCUUUGACCAAAUCAUCACCGAGCAGAACCUCACCGACGGCGAGAUCAUGCGCAAGCUCAAGAGCCUUGGGGCCGGCGACCGGACCGUAUUCUACAGGUAGACCAGUGGUCGGUUCAGCGGGCAUCGUUCGGUUAACACACGCAAUGCCGUGCGAUAGCACCGGCGGGGGACGGCCGUAACCGUUGAAAUCGCCGCGACAAAAAAGCCGCGAUACCAUUCUUAUGACUCUAUGUU